AACGCUUCAAAUAACUAUAUUUGGUAUUAUUGAAUUGACAAUCAUGACAGGCCAUCUUAACCAAGUAGGUGCAACAUGGCAGAUUUACAAUCUCGCCAAACACGCACACCCACAAUCGAUAGACGAUCUACACAGUUGCAACAAGAUGACGAAACCGAGAGCUUGAUGCCAUCUCAGUCUGAUCAGACAACAGAAGCUAUCCCAUACACCCCACCCCACCACCAUCAUCCUAUUCAAUUUCCUGCAUAUACCCAUCCGCCUGUACAACUACCCAUACUCUCAACAGCGUGGCUAGCUAUUCGAGCAGUGUUGGUUAUGGUAUGCCGACUUUGGUUGGCAUCAUUAAUCAUCUACACACUAUUUGUACUCAUUCGUCGGCACCAUCCAGCACAGCAUGCACUUCGUGGAUCCAUUACAUCGAUGCAAAACAACAUCAAUAAAGGUGGAUCUGAAACACAUGUAUCUAGCCAUUCGACCAAACCAUCGUAUCGUACUUUAAAUCAACAAGAACAAACUGACCAAAGUAGAUCUCGGGGAUAUGGUCGCGAUUUAACCAUCACUAUCAAAGUUCUUCCUCAGUCUAGUCAGCAUCAAUUGUACUCGGAUCACCCUAAGCAUACGUCAUACAAACAGGACAGAAAUUCGCAUGCCACUCCUAAAUGGUUGUUUUCAACAUAUGAAGAAGAAAACAAUAAACCCGAUAUGGUGGGUAUUCCAGCUCUUUUCGGAUCAGUCUUACCAAGACCAAUUGUUUCACCUCUAUUGAUCGUGCCUGCCCAUAUUAAUGGAUGCCGCUCCAGAAAUACUCAAACUCGUAUGGCUAGUCAUGAUUAUUCGCCAGAUCAUUCUGACACUUUAAAUCUGCCCAAAUUUCCUACUCUCACGGCCAAACAGAAACUGUCCAUCUUUCGUAUCCAAAAAAAUAUGGAUGAUGAAGCAAGAUGCAAUGGUGUCAAAAAUGUUGGCAUGGAUGAUGCUGGUGGUGAAGAUGUGACGGAUUCUUUAAAUGGUGCUACACAGUUGUCUAAAUCCCAGAGCGAUACAAGCGUACAAUGCAAUGUUGGAAAAAGUGUUGGUCUUGCUGGAAGAUUUUGUCGUGAUGGGGAGACACCGUCAUUGGAAUCCAUUACUCGACCCAAAGCCAAUUCAGAUCGUGCAUAUUGGGGUGCACCCAUCAAGGACCAGUCGAAACAGGAUGCAAUUGCAGGAGAUAUCCAAUGGGCAUGUUUGAUUGCUCGUGGAGGGUGUCCAUUUGAUGAAAAAGUUUAUAAUCUCCAGACUCAUGGAUGCCACACUGUAAUUGUCUACAAUAAUCUUACUGACGUGCAGAUCAAUAACCAAAGCGAAGCACGCUCAUGUGCCAAGGGAGACUUGACAUGCAAGGCAAGCACCAAUAGCAAUGGUCAACCUAUUCAAGCCAAAGAUAUGCAUAUUCGCAUGUCUGCUCAUACCAUGCACAAUUCCAUUCAUGUGUACUCUAUGUUCAUGAGCUAUGCUAGCAGUAGACAGUUGAUUGAUUCUGCAAUACCUUUGGCUCAGUCAGAUCCCUCUACUUAUCCAAUCAUAAUCCAGCUUAUUCCAACCGAAACUAAAUAUUAUCGUGGCUAUACAGCUCAUCACGACACGCUAGUGUCGCUUGCGUUUGAUAUGCUUUUGCUGUUUAUAUCGGUUACCAUCUGUGGAUCUUGUUUCCUUGGAAUAUGCUUGUUACUGAGUGUUGUGCGCAACGCAGUGGUUUUUGGACAUUUUUUCAUUUACGAAACCAUUAUUGAGGGGAGCGUAUUGAUUCUAUCAGCAGGACAGCACACCGCUUUACAGUCUACACAGCCAGCAAAACUAGCAUCUAUUCCAUUUCCUGUUCGAAUACUCUGUGCGAUGGAUAUUGAGAAUCUGCACAAUACUUCACAAAUGUUUCCAAUCGCCAAAGUAUCAUCCGUAUCAGAAACAGACCCGAAACAAAUAGCAGAGGGAUUAGAUUGGGCUCAAUCGGAAACUAAUAUUUCGCGAGACUGUUGUGCAAUCUGUUUAGAUGAUUUUGUUGUAGGAAACCAGGUUAGGGAACUACCAUGCCGACAUUUAUUUCAUGAUAUGUGCAUUGAUCCAUGGCUACUGAAGCACAAUCGACUGUGCCCAAUCUGCAAGCGCGAUGUGUUGGUUUCCAGCACGAAUACAGUCAGCGUGGAUGCUUCUGUCGAGCAUCACAAUAGACAGGCAGGUGCUGGUGAGAUUAGACCGUCUACAUCGUGGUUUGCCCCUGUUGGUGCUGACAACAUAUUGGAUAACCCUCAGUCCCAACAUACACCCCUUGUGACUGGACGCAUGUCGGUUGUGUUGGGACAGGUUGCCAUAUUGAUUCCAUUUGCCAUUGCUGCAUCAAUGGUUAAUGCAGUCAUUCACACAACUGCUUAUUUUCAACGUCGUACCAAUGCGGAUAAUCCACAAUCCAUCUCUACCGAUUCUGAUAUUGGGACCAUGACUCGAUCUAAUAGUAGCAAUAUCUUUGGCAAUGAAGAUGAGGAAAUGCUUGCUUGAACUAUUUCAUCCCGGUGCAUAUUGUAUCAAAACCAUUGCACUUUGGUGGUUUA